CGAUAUACUUGAAUUUUGGUAGCACUGCAUCUGUGCAUCAGCUACAUACAACAACAACAGACGGUGGGCAAGUUUCGACUUGCGGAGCAGUCAGGAGCGGUAAUUAGUGCGAGCUAACCAGAGCUAACGGCCGGAGAAAAUGUCACGUAGGGCGAUCAAGACGAUCAAUUGGUCGGCGCUCGCCGAAACACUCCCAGAGACGGAAAAGGUUGCAUUCGCCGCUUUCAAAGCCAAGUCUGAUCAACACUUGCGACGAAUGAACGCCAAUCCUGAGACUCCUCCAAAGAUCGAUUGGGCGUACUAUAAGAAAAAUGUCCUGGUAUCUGGAUUAGUCGACAAGUUUCAAAAGGAAUACGAAUCUUUCAAAGUGCCAUAUCCAGCGGAUAAAUACACCUCGGACAUAGAGGCUCAGGAAAAGGAAAUGCUUGUUCAAAUCGAGGAAUUUAUCAAAAGCUCGAAUCAACGUAUCAGCGAUGCCAAUAAGGAAAUGGAGAGAAUCAAAAGUUUGUUGCCAUUCUCUGAGAUGACGAUGGAAGAUUUUCGAGACGCCUAUCCGGAACUCGCUAUAAACCCUGAUAACCCAACCAUUUGGCCGCACACACCCGAAGUACAGCCAGAAAAUGACAAAGGAGUUCCUGGGCAACAUUAGUACCUUGCAACGCGUUACGAAAUGUAGUUGACAUUUUUAAUCGUGAUUCUGUUGCUACCAUAUGUAUUGAAAGUAAAUUCAUUUAUAGAGAGAGAU